GUUCAGAAAGCUGCCAGGUUUCAAGAGUAUCCCUUCAGGGCAAAGCUAUUGUCUGUAAGACAAAUAAUAUACCUACUGCAGACGACGGAAAUGAACUUCAGCAUAGCUUUAGAACUACAACCAUAAGGUAGAGCAGGAGAGAAGAAAGGAAGGAGAAAAAGAGCUACUGCAAACCAUGGAAAGCUUUGGAAUGAAGGAUGGUGGGCAAAGCAAGAAGGCAAAAGCCACCUUUGGGCUCAUACGCAGGGGAAAUGCUUCUGAUAUGGAGAAGAUGAAGCCCCAUUUCUUCAGGGUCAUGCUUGAGUUCAUGCUGCAGGAUUCCAAAAUAAUUGUUGCUUUGGAUCAGUACAUUCCGACCGAGUUUGUGAAGAGAUAUAGAUCCAGGCUAGGCAGUUCUGCAACAUUGAAGGUUGAUAAUGGUGAUACAUGGGAAGUAGAGCUGGUUACUGAUGAUGAUGGGAUGGUUUGGUUGGUCAAGGGCUGGGAAGACUUCAGAAUGCACCAUUCUUUGAAGCAAGGUGAUAUUCUGGUGUUUCGGCUAGAGCAGAACAGCUUAUUUCACGUCAUGGUGUUCGAACCGACUGCCAGUGAGAAGAACUAUCGCCACAAGGAUCUGAAAGGCCAUGGAAAGCUGUUGAAUGAGAUCAAAGUUGAGGACGAAUUUGAUGUGGAGAAGGAGACAGGAAAACUCAAGGAAGUGAAAACCAAGAAGAGUGGUGGAGAAGGGAAGAGAAAGGUGAAAUUGGCUGCUACACUUGAGACACCAAACCAUCAACUGGAGAUAAAAACAGAAGGAAGAGAGAAGAAGGGGAAGGAGAAGAAGAGCAACAACAGCAUGGAAAGCUCUGGAAGGGAGGAUGGUAGCCAGAACAAGAAGACAACCUCCUUUGGCUUAAUACGCAGGGGAAAUGCUUCGUAUAUGGAGAAGAUGAGGCCCCAUUUCUUCAGGGUCAUGCUUGAUUUCAUGCUUCAAGAUGCCAAAAUUUACAUUCCCACCGAGUUUGUGAAGAGAUAUAGAUCAAGGCUUGGGAGUUCUGCAACACUGAAAGUGGCUAACGGCGAGACAUGGGAAGUAGAGCUGGCUACUGAUGAUGACGGGCUGAUAUGGUUGCUCAAGGGCUGGGAUGACUUCACGAAGCACCAUUCUUUGAGGCAAGGUGAUAUUGUGGUUUUCCGGCUUGAGCAAGACAGCUCGUUUUGUGUAAUGGUGUUCGAUCCCACUGCGAGUGAGAAGAAGUACAAUGUCAAGGAUGCGAACGACCUUGUAAGGAUGCUCAAGGAGGUCAAAAUUGAGGAGGGAAUUGAUGCAGAGAAAGAGAAAGGUUGUGGGGAGGGUCAGGAGAGGGUUGGAACUGGAAGAAUGGAGGAGGUUGAAGAGCGGCUCAAGCAAGUGAAGGACAAGAAGAGUGAUGGAGAAGAGAACAGAAAGGGGACAUUGGCUUCUCCACUUGAGAUCCCAAACCAUCCAUUGGAAACAAAAGUGACAGGAAUACCUGAACCAAGGAGGGGCAAUGCCUCUACAAGCUCAAAGAAUCCAAACUUUUCCAUCACCAUAACUGAAGGUCACAUGAAGCAUCGUUACAUUGGCUCAUUCGCUGGCGGUUGGGCCGCAUUCUCCAGGGACAACUCUCUGAAACCAGGGGAUGUUUGCCGGUUUGAGCUCAUCUCCGAUGGCCUAAUGGAAGUAACUAUUCAGCACAAUUAG